GGCCCCCCGGGUGGAAGUGACGCUACCCCCGCUGCCCAAAAUGUCGGCGCCCAGAGGGAGGUAAAGCCCCCAGCCACCAUUGUGCCACCUGUCACCAUGGAUGAAGCCCGGCUGCCGGCACCCCCGGCUCCUGCCCCUGCACCUGCUACAGCACAGGCAACACCCGCUGCAGCCCCCCGCGUCCCAUUUCACUGCAGCGAAUGUGGCAAGAGCUUCCGCUACCGUUCGGACCUGCGGCGUCACUUCGCUCGGCACACAGCUCUCAAGCCCCAUGCGUGUCCACGCUGUGGCAAGGGCUUCAAGCACAGCUUCAACCUGGCCAACCACCUGCGCUCCCACACGGGGGAGCGGCCCUACCGCUGCUCUGCCUGUCCCAAGGGUUUCCGCGACUCCACAGGCCUGCUGCACCACCAGGUCGUCCACACUGGUGAGAAGCCGUACUGCUGCCUGGUCUGCGAGCUCCGCUUCUCCUCGCGUUCCAGCCUGGGCCGCCACCUCAAGCGCCAGCACCGCGGGGUGCUCCCAGCACCGCUGCAGCCUGGCCCGGGCCUGCCCGCCCUGAGCGCACCCUGCUCCGUCUGCUGCAACGUGGGGCCCUGCUCGGUGUGCGGGGGCGCGGGGACCGGCAGUGGAGAGGGCCUGGAGGGCGCGGGCGCGGGCAGCUGGGGGCUGGCAGAGGCGGCAGCUGCAGCCGCAGCCUCCUUGCCUCCGUUUGCUUGCGGCGCCUGCGCACGGCGCUUCGACCACGGCCGCGAGCUGGCAGCCCACUGGGCCGCGCACACAGACGUGAAGCCCUUCAAGUGCCCGCGCUGCGAGCGCGACUUCAACGCGCCCGCGCUGCUGGAGCGGCACAAGCUGACCCACGACCUGCAGGGUGCUGGCGCACCCCCUGUGCAGGUCUGGGUCCCGGGGGCCAGCAGUGGGCUGGAGACAGCCCGCGAGGGCGGCUCAGCCGAGGCAGGCGACGCUCGAUCGGCUUGGGACGGCGGGCUACUCCUGGGCCCCACCGGGGGUGGCGUGCCCGAGCUCGGGGGGCUGCUUCCGGAGGGCGGCGGUGAGGCCCCAGCGCGGGGUGCAGCGGCCGAGCCGUCGGAAGACACCCUGUACCAAUGCGACUGCGGGACGUUCUUCGCGUCGGCUGCGGCGCUGGCCAGCCACCUGGAGGCUCACUCGGGUCCAGCCACCUACGGCUGUGGCCACUGCGGGGCGCUGUACGCGGCGCUGGCGGCCCUGGAGGAGCACCGGCGGGUCAGCCAUGGCGAGGGCGGCGGGGAGGAGGCGGCAGCGGCGGCUCCUGGGGGGCAGCCGGCAUCCGGGGAGCCUGCGUCGGGCUCCGGCCGCGGCAAGAAGAUCUUUGGCUGCUCUGAGUGCGAGAAGCUGUUCCGCUCCCCCCGCGACCUGGAGCGGCACGUGCUGGUGCACACCGGCGAGAAGCCGUUCCCGUGCCUCGAGUGCGGCAAGUUCUUCCGGCACGAGUGCUACCUCAAGCGCCACCGGCUGCUGCAUGGCACCGAGCGGCCCUUCCCCUGCCACAUCUGCGGCAAGGGCUUCAUCACGCUCAGCAACCUCUCUAGGCACCUGAAGCUGCACCGGGGCAUGGACUGAACCGCGAGGCCGCGCAGCCCUCAACCCAACCAACCCAGGGACUGGACUUGGCCCUGCCAGGGACCUCAGGACUGUGUGCAGGUGAGGCCCCGGCCCUUCAAGUCCAGAGCCAAGGCCCUAAGAUGAGGCCCCGACCUGGCGAUGGGGCCACCCAGAGCCCACACAGGCCCCUGAGCUGGGGGACCACAAAGAAAGAGACCUCUUCCAACGAAGGGGUCGGAGAACAUAUUCAUUGGGGGACCUAAACCUACGGAGAGACUCCUGAGCUUGAGACCCCAGGAAUGCGUGUGGGCAACCCCAAUCAAUAGGCCUCUAAGAUGUGGGGACCUACAAAUGAGAAAUGGGUCUCCACCAGCACCUCUCAGCUAAUUAAGUGUGGGUAUCUCCAAGGGAAGACUGCCCGCUCCCAGACAGCCAUCGUUCUCCAUGACCUUGAUCUGGGGAAUGCAGGGACCGUGUUCCCAAAUCUUCCAGGAUCCCCUCCAAAUACUACCCACCAGUCACUGGUGACCCCAGAAAAUGAAUAUAGCCGAAAUCUGCCUUUCCCCCAUUUCAUUCCCAAUACUGAAAGAGGACCAGGGUAGAUGACCUUGCCUUCAACUCCCCCACCUUCCAAUUAGGUCCCUUUCUUUACCACUGAAUGGAUCGACCCUAAGGAUCUUCCCCCACCCCCAAACACUAGGAUAGACUGGUCCGAAAUCCCCCUAGCCAGUAGGAUGGACUGACCCAAAUGCACUGGGCUGGUCCACAUAGUGGUCUGGCCCCACCCUUCUUAGAGUGAAUAGGACAGACACUCCCUUAUCCUGUAGAGUGUGGCUGGGUCCACGUUACUCCACAUCCUGUGACCUCAUCCAGGUGGAGGUGGUGGGCUUUGGGGUUUUCCUCCCCAGCUCCUGUAGCACUAGUCCAUCUUUCUCUCCAUCUCUGUUGGUUUGUCUCUGUGUUCCUCCUAACCCCAAGGGGAAGGGGGGAAAUUGGCUAGGGGAUUCCCCCCUUGUGAGCCUUGACUUUGCCCCCUUCUCCCACUCCCCAGUGUCUCCAGGACCCCAAUAAACCUUGUCCUGUCAAUCA